AUUCGUGCGCGUUGGUUCACUUACACUUCGUGUCCCCAGAGAAAAGCCUUUCUCCUGGCUUUCUCUCGCUCGCUCGCUCUCCGUCUCGCUCUCUCCGGCUAAGCGGGUCUCGCGAACUCUCUAUUUUCGCACUCGGAUCCGAGUCCGGAAUUUGGACUCCGGCUCCGUUUGCCGGAUCGCCGUGCUCAACAAAUAUUUGAAACUGCGAAACUAAGCCAAAACAAUUGAAGUGGAAUUCUCGCGGCACAAUUUGAUAUUAGAUAAAUGAAAUAAUUCACGCCGCUGGCACUUUGAACGUGUAAUCAGGUCACAGGAAUUUCAACAAGACCAUUUUGAUAGUAAUAAUAGAAUUUCAUAAUCGCUGUGGUCCUCGCAAUGCGACUAAUUGGAUUUAUACUGAAUUUGGCAGCCCUAACAGCUGUCUCGUGGGCCAAUCACCACGAGAGCCUCACCCUCAGUCCGGCGGAGCACAGCGUGGUGCGAUAUACCAACGAAUCGCUCAUCGUCCAGUGCCGCAGUCCGGAUCCCAAAGUGCAGCUGCACUGGAAAUCGCCAAAAGGCGAAAUUAUACGCGAGCACAAAGGACGCAUUCACAUUGAGCAAACAUCGGCAGAACAAUUGAAAAUCGUUUUCGCCCACAUCGCAUUGGCCGACAAGGGCAAUUGGUCCUGCGAAGCUGCUGAUGGAAGUCUGCAUAGUAAAUCCUUCGAUUUGAUUGUGUACCAGAAAAUUACAUUCACGGAAAAUGCCACCGUGAUGACCGUCAAGGAGGGCGAGAAGGCGACCAUCCUGUGCGAGGUGAAGGGCGAGCCCCAGCCGAAUGUCACCUGGCACUUCAACGGACAGCCCAUCAGUGCCGGCGCGGCCGACGACUCCAAGUUCCGCAUCCUGGCCGAUGGUUUGCUCAUCAACAAGGUAACACAGAAUGACACCGGCGAGUACGCGUGCCGGGCAUACCAAGUCAACUCGAUUGCUUCCGAUAUGCAGGAGCGCACAGUUUUGAUGAAAAUCGAACACAAGCCCAUUUGGUCCAAGACGCCCUUUGUGAGCCUUAAGUACGCCUACAUUAAUGGCACCGCCACCCUCGUGUGCGAAGCUCAGGCGGAACCGCCCGCCAAUUUCACCUGGUACCGCAAACAUAACAAGCUGUACAGCAACAACAGGAGCUACACCAUCGAGACGGACAGCUACUGGUCCCGCCUCACCAUCCACGUGCUGAACACCAGCGCCUUCGAUAAUUACAGGUGUCGAGCCAAGAACGACCUGGGCGUCAUCGAGAGGACCACGCGAUUGGAGCAGGGCGACAAGCCCCCGGCUCCCACCAACUUCCAGCUGCGUGGCUUCAAUUCGAACACCUUCGACGUGGUUCUCAGUGCCCCGCGAGGUCCCCUCGACAGUCCCAUGGGGGUCAAUGGCUUCCGCAUCGAGUACAUGACCGAAAUGGAGUUCAAGUCGGAGGUGGGCAAGUGGACCAAUGCCAGGCGGAAGGACUAUCCCUUCGAAGAGGGAGCAACAUUCCUUCUGACAAAUUUAGAGCCAGAUACAAACUACCUGGUGAGGGCAGCAUCUCGGAACCUGGCCGGCUUCAGUGACUUUACCAGGGUGGAGAAGUACAAGACACUCUCCCUGGAGCCUCGGGCCUCCUCGGGCAUCCUCAAACCCACGACUCUCCUGCUGGGACUGCUCAUCCUAACGGGUCUCGUGCGGCCAAACCUCGGAUGA